AUGACUGACACCUGUAUGUCCGUCAUAUGGAUAUGUGUAGUUAGGCGUACAUAUACUGUGUGUUGUCACACCAAGCCGAGAAGGACCAUGUCUGAAGUAAAUACAGACAAAGGCCUUCCAGCUACCUACCUGAAGGAUUUCCAUGUGGAGGAAUCCGUUCGGAAAAUGAAAUAUAACGGACUAGGAAGCACUGAUAUGGUGGUGUCCAAGCUUAGUUAUGGUGCAGCGGCACUCGGAAGUGUUUUUAGGGAUACUGAUGACGCAGAAGGAUUAAAAGUUGUAGAAUACGUUGUCAAACACGGUGUAAAUUAUAUUGAUGUUGCACCAUGGUAUGGUCAUGGAAAAGCUGAAAAAGUACUUGGACGGGCCUUACAGACCAUACCUAGAUCAUCCUAUUUCAUAUCUACAAAGGUCGGUCGAUAUCUACCAGAAAUCGAUCAAAUGUUUGACUUCAGGGCAGAGCGAACAAUCAGAAGUGUUGAUGAAAGUUUAACGAGACUUGGUCUGGAAUCAGUCGACCUUGUUCAGGCACACGAUAUCGAAUUUGCUGAUAACAUUGACAUCAUCAUCAAUGAGACAUUGCCGGCGCUACAGAAGGUCAAGGAAAGCGGAAAGGCUCGGUAUAUAGGAAUUACAGGCUACCCAACAAAACUACUCAAGGACGUGCUGGACAGAAGUACUAUCAAGGUGGACACUGUGUUGUCUUACUGCAGGGCAUGCAUGCAUGAUAAUUCAUUACUAGAUUAUCUCCCCUUUUUUGAGAAAAGUGGCACCGGCGUGAUAAAUGCUUCUCCAGUAAGCAUGGGCCUUCUCACAGACAGAGGACCUCCGGACUGGCAUCCUGCACCCGAUAACAUUAAACGAAGCUGUGCUGAAGCUUCAGGAUACUGCAGAGAAAUUGGAGUGGAUUUGUCCCGUCUGGCGCUGUCCUAUUCACUUGAACUGCCGCUCCCCACAACGCUGUUCAGCUCAGCUAGCUUAAAGAACGCAAAGAAAAAUUUAGAUUCAGUAUUCGUGCCGUUGACCGAGAUGGAAUGUAAUGCCAAAGAAGACAUCAUGAAAAGAUACAUGAGACCAUUGGAUAAUCGGAAUUGGGAGGUAGUAGAGGUGGAGAAGUACCGUGCUCUGUUGAGGGGAGAAAACGCUACAGCUACCAAACUGGGCUAGACCUGCCAUUACCUAAUCGUCAAGAGAAACAUCACUUUAUAGGUAACCACGUUGCUGCUUCCGGUGCAACAAUAACUCCAGACAGAGGAACAGCCAUAAAUAGGGAAAGGAGACCAGUUAAAUUGGGUGUGAAUUAAAGAUUGAUGUUACCUUACCACUGUAGGAGUCAGGUCCAAAUGAUAUAUAUAGAUCGCCAGUCGAGAUGAUAUAGAUUGCCAGUCGAGACGAUAUAAAGAUCGCCUGUCCAUAAGAUAUAGAUCGCCAGUCCAGAGGAUAUAUAGAUCGCCAGUCCUGAUGAUAUAUAGAUCGCCAGUCCUGAUGAUAUAUAGAUCGCCAGUCCUGAUGAUAUAUAGAUCGCCAGUCCAGAGGAUAUAUAGAUCGCCAGCCCAGAUGAUAUAUAGAUCGCCAGUCCAGAGGAUAUAUAGAUCGCCUGUCCAGAUGAUAUAUAGAUCGCCAGUCCAGAUGAUAUAUAGAUCGCCAGUCCUGAUGAUAUAUAGAUCGCCAGUCCUGAUGAUAUAUAGAUCGCCAGUCCAGAGGAUAUAUAGAUCGCCAGCCCAGAUGAUAUAUAGAUCGCCAGUCCAGAGGAUAUAUAGAUCGCCUGUCCAGAUGAUAUAUAGAUCGCCAGUCCAGAUGAUAUAUAGAUCGCCAGUCCUGAUGAUAUAUAGACUCAGAUGAUAUAUAGAUCGCCAGUCCUGAUGAUAUAUAGAUCGCCAGUCCAGAUGAUAUAUAGAUCGCCAGUCCAGAUGAUAUAUAGAUCGCCAGUCCAGAUGAUAUAUAGAUCGCCAGUCCUGAUGAUAUAUAGAUCGCCAGUCAAGAUGAUAUAUAGAUCGCCAGUCCUGAUGAUAUAUAGACUCAGAUGAUAUAUAGAUCGCCAGUCCUGAUGAUAUAUAGAUCGCCAGUCCUGAUGAUAUAUAGAUCGCCAUUCCAGAUGAUAUAUAGAUCGCCAUUCCAGAUGAUAUAUAGAUCGCCAGUCCAGAUGAUAUAUAGAUCGCCAGUCCUGAUAAUAUAUAGAUCGCCAGUCCAGAGGAUAUAUAGAUCGUCAGUCCUGAGGAUAUAUAGAUCGCCAGUCAAGAUGAUAUAUAGAUCGCCAGUCCAGAUGAUAUAUAGAUCGCCAGUCCAGAUGAUAUAUAGAUCGCCAGUCCUGAUAAUAUAUAGAUCGCCAGUCCAGAUGAUAUAUAGAUCGCCAGUUCAGAGGAUAUAUCGAUCGCAAGUCCAGAUGAUGUAUAGAUCGCCAGUCCAGAUGAUAUAUAGAUCGUCAGUCCAGAGGAUAUACAAGAUCGCGAGUCCAGAGGAUAUAUAGAUCGCCAGUCCUGAGGAUAUAUAUAGAUCGCCAGUCCAGAUGAUAUAUAGAUCGCCAGUUCAGAGGAUAUACAAGAUCGCCAGUCCAGAUGAUAUAUAGAUCGCCAGUCCUGAGGAUAUAUAUAGAUCGCCAGUCCAGAUGAUAUAUAUCGCCAGUCCUGAUAAUAUAUAGAUCGCCAGUCCAGAUGAUAUAUAGAUCGCCAGUCCAGAGGAUAUAUAGAUCGCCAGUCCUGAGGAUAUACAAGAUCGCAAGUCCAGAUGAUAUAUAGAUCGCCAGUCCAGAUGAUAUAUAUCAACUUAAUUCAAAGAAUGUAUCUAAUAAAUAAACAAAUCAAAAAUAUUUGAAACGUCUUUAAGUUGUAUUUAUACAUAUAAUUCAUAUAUAUGUAAGCAGAUGCACAGUUCAUAAGACAGUACAGCAUCGGUUAAUUAAAAUGUAAACACAAAACAUUGCCAAUCACCAUUGUCUAUCAUGGUACUGUCAUCAGCCUUAAAAGCAUACCCCAAUAUUUAUCAUGUCAGGAAUUUAUCUAGUUUUUAAAAGGUACCACCUUUUUAGAAUUAUUUAUCAUGUCGGGGAAUAAUACAUCUUUUAAAGGUUAAAGACGGGAGUGUUAUGUGUCGAAAUGUACAAAAUCACAGGGUUAAAAUUGACCAAAUUCAUUUUCAAAUUGAAAAAUAAUGAUAUUAAAGAUAUCUUAAUGGACAAAUUAUCUGAGAAGAGAAAUUUUCAUUUUAGAGUCCAUAGAUAUGUGUUCUGUUGCAUUUCACAAAUAAAAAAUGUCUUAUGUAAAAUAUCUCCAAAGGGAAACAUCUUGGUAGGAAAAGUGAAAUAAAGAGGAAAAGGAGAAUGAAAACAGCAAAUAUGGAGAAGAUAAAUCCCUGCAUGCUAUCUUCAUUAAUGUUUUUGAAGUUCACAAAAACUGCUAACAUGUGUGCAUCACAGAAAACUUGUAUACGUGUCUAAACAGGGGUUUACAACUAUUAACUGUUAUCAUAUUUACUUCAUGACAAAUAAAUCUCAUGGCAUAUUUUGAAUUAAUAUUCCAGAAAUAUGUUCAGAAUCAUUGAAACAAAGAUACAUGUACAAGUUAUGAAUACAUAAAAUGUAAAUAAUGAUUAUUUCAGAACUGAUAUUGAUGUGCGAACAUGGAGUG